GAGUUGUUGGAAUAGCUCUAGGAAGGCAGCGGUAACUACAUUUCCCACAAGGCGACGCGGUUUCUUACGUCACAAACCUGCGGCAGAGCUGAGGUGGCUUUUGAGAGGUUGUUUUUCCCCGGUCGCUCACCUGAACUCCUCGCAGCAGCUCUCACCAUGACUAAACUUGUGGAGUGGCUGUUCGGUGUGUCGUUGGUGGGCGCAGUCUGGGCUCUGGUUACUUUCGACCUGUUGGACCUGAGCCUGCCGCACACUUACAGGGAGGUGGCCUGGCCGAUGCCUCUCUACCUGCUGGUUUCAUUUGGAUGCUACUCUCUGGCCACGGUGGGAUACAGAGUGGCCACCUUCAAUGACUGUGAGGAGGCAGCGAAAGAGCUGCAGGAGCAGAUCAAGGAAGCCAAAGAGGACUUGAGGAAAAGAGGCUUGAAGAUGUAGAGGAGGAGUAUGUAGGAACGCCUGAGAGACUGAAAGGGACACACAGCCAAGCCUGCACUCGUGGUGUCGGAGUCACUCACAAGAGAAAUGAGACUGAACUCUGAGCCGUCAUGUCCUAAACAUCAAUCCUAAUAAUGUCCUUCACCAAGCACCAUUUGUUUUCAUACAGAUCAGAUGUUAGACAUGAAUGUCCUUGAUGAUUUUCUGAGUUUCUCAUAAACGAGAACAGAGCAGUUUGUUACUGGAUGAUGAAAAAAAAAAACACUUUCUGUUUGUAGCAGGAGGUUUUUCACCCCAUAAACCAGAUGAAAGAAGAACACACAUGGCGCCAUCGUUGGUUUGCAAACUGGCCACAGUUAAAUACCUUUGAGAAUCACUGGUAUGCUAAAUUAUCAUCUGUAACCAGUUGCUGAUCGCUGAAAUGCAAACAAACCGACCCCAAAGAAGUCACACUGGAACAAUCAGAGACGCUUUCCACUCAGAAUUCUCAGAUGCUUUCAAUCUGCAUCAGCUCCGAAAUGGUACGACACAGUGUGGACGUUGUUAUGUGUCUGUGUGUGUGUGUGUGUACGUAGAUGGACUAGAUUUUAUCUAUAAAGAAGUGUACAUUCCAUUCUGAGACGGUUUGCUGUGACUUAAUUAAAUUGGAAGUCUAUUUUCUUCAGUUUUUCUGCCUA